ACUCUCCUUUUAUUCCAGCUAAUACCCGUACGUAUGAGGGGGACUGAAACUUCCCGCCGUUCUUCAGUCAGUCGACUUUCAGGCGAGCUGUAGUUUUGCACAUUUCUUUGUCGAUCGUCGACAUUGAUCUUUCGUGGCUUCGUCGAGAGCCAAUAUACACAGUGACGUUUUAUCAGCUGGACUUCAUAUCCUACCCAACAACGCAAAAUAACAAUGGCUUACCAUGGACCAGCUUACGGACUAAGUCGGGAGUGUCAGAUGAAGAGUCAGGCCAAGUUUAGCUUGGAGCGAGCCCGGGAGGCCCUCGACUGGGUGGAAGCCGUUUUGGAUCGUCAGCUCAACUAUCCUCAGCCAUCCGAAGGUCUGCGGGAUCAGCUGGACUUUGCCCACGUCCUUAAAGACGGAAUCACUCUUUGCGAAUUGAUUAAUUCCCUGGAGCCUGGGGCGGUCAAGAAGAUCAACACGAUGAAAGCACCUUUCAAGCAGAGGGAAAAUGUCGAGCUGUUCCUCAAGGGCUGCGAGAAUUACGGCCUCAAGUCGCAGGACCUGUUUCAAGUCAACGAUUUGUACGAGCACAAGAAUCUCUACAUGGUGGUCGAUACCAUCUUUGCCCUCGGAGGAAUGGCACAGAAGAAGAACUGGGAUGGACCGACGAUCGGCGUCAAAGUGGCCGACGAGAACCCGCGAGAGUUCUCGGCUGAUCAGCUGGCCGAGAGCCACAAAAUCAUCGGCUUACAGUACGGCAGCAACAAGGGCGCUACGCAAGCCGGCAUGACACCGUACGGAGCUACGCGCCAAAUCCGUCCCGAUGAGUUCGCUCACAACGGAAUGCACUAGAGGGAUUAAGAAAAAAGAAAAGGAAAAUAGUGGCUCUCAAUUCACCUGCUGGAGGAAAAUGUCAGCCUGUUGCGCAUUUUUCUGGGCAGAUUUCAUCAUGCAAGCAUUUCUUCUGAAUUUCCCCCCUUUUGUUUUGUUCUGCGCGAGUAAUGCCUUUAUAUGUUCAAAGGACGUCGAUAUGACUUGUUUUCUUUUUUGUGUUACACAUUCCGAUCGAUUGGCAGAUAUAAAAAAAUCUACUCUUCUUCCUCCCUGCUUUGCUGAAUUCUUUAUUAUUUGCUCCGUGUCACCAUCCUUCAACCGAGAUUGGCAAUUCUUCUGCAGCAAACUGUCCCCUCAUCUUUCUUCCGCCGUUCAUUGUGCUUUACCGAUUACAUAAUGGAACAAGUGCCUUCACUCCUCACAAGGUUUUGAUCAUUAUUUUUUUGUCAUAUGGCGAGUUACAUCUAAUAAUACACAACACCAUUCGCUAAUGUA